UGCACCGCUGGCUAGGAGAGGAGGAAGUUGGCUUCUGACCGGCCUGGGCCGUGUGAGCGAGGCCGCGGACGGCAGCUGUAGCUGCUUGGACACACUGCGGGCGGCACGAUGGGAGACGAGAUGGAUGCCAUGAUCCCUGAGCGGGAGAUGAAGGACUUUCAGUUUAGAGCGCUGAAGAAAGUGAGAAUCUUGGACUCCCCUGAAGAGUUGCCCAAGGAGCGCUCGAGCCUGCUUGCCAUAUCCAACAAGUAUGGUCUGGUUUUUGCUGGUGGUGCCAGUGGGCUAUAUGUUUUUCCUACUAAAAACCUUCUGAUCCAGAACAAACCAGGAGAUGACCCCAACAAAAUAGUUGAGAAAGUCCAAGGCUUGCUUGUUCCUAUGAAAUUCCCAGUGCAUCACCUGUCCCUGAGCUGUGAUAACCUCACACUCUCUGUGUGCAUGAUGUCCAGUGAAUAUGGCUCCAUUAUUGCUUUUUUUGAUGUUCGCACAUUUUCAAAUGAGACUAAGCAACCAAAACGCCCAUUUGCCUACCAUAAGCUUUUGAAGGAUGCAGGAGGCAUGGUGAUUGACAUGAGGUGGAACCCUACUGUCCCUUCCAUGGUGGCAGUCUGUCUAGCUGAUGGCAGUAUCGCUGUCCUGCAAGUCACAGACUCAGUGAACGUGUGUGCUACUCUUCCUCCCUCAGUGGCAGUUACAUGUGUAUGCUGGAGCCCCAAAGGAAAGCAGUUGGCUGUGGGAAAGCAGGAUGGAACCGUGGUCCAGUAUCUUCCUACUUUGCAGGAAAAAAAGGUCAUUCCUUGUCCUCCAUUUUACGAGUCAGAUCAUCCUGUCAGAGUUCUGGAUGUGCUGUGGAUCGGUACCUAUGUCUUCACAAUAGUAUAUGCUGCUGCAGAUGGGACCUUGGAAACCUGUCCAGAUGUGGUGAUGGCUCUUCUCCCGAAAAAAGAGGAAAAGCACCCCGAGGUGUUUGUGAACUUUAUGGAGCCCUGCUACAGCAGCUGCACGGAGAGACAGCAUCAUUACUACCUCAAUUACAUCGAGGAGUGGGAUUUAGUGCUGGCAGCCUCUGCAGCUUCAACAGAAGUUAGUAUCCUCGCUCGACAAAGCGAUCAGAUUAAUUGGGAAUCAUGGCUACUGGAGGAUUCUAGUCGAGCUGAACUGCCUGUGACAGACAAGAGUGAUGACUCGUUGCCUGUAGGGGUUGCCAUAGACUAUACCAACCAAGUAGAAGUUGCCAUCAAUGAUGAAAAGACUCUUCCUCCUGCUCCAGUUCUCCUGUUACUUUCAACAGAUGGUGUGCUUUGUCCAUUUUAUAUGAUCAAUCAAAAUCCUGGGGUUAGGGCCCUAAUCAAGACCCCAGAGCAGCUCUCAUCAGAAGGAGAGCGACAGCCUAAGUCAUCAGGAAGUGUUCCCAGCACCCCAACUUCCUCUCAAGCCCCUCAGAAACUAGACACCCCAGCAGCAGCAGCCCCCCCCUCCCUUGCACCCGUGCCCUCUGCUGCUCCCACAGCCACCUUCCCUUUGCCCUCUGCUGGGGGCAGCCCUGCUGUCUUCUCCUUUGGUGCCUCACCCUUGAAGUCAUCUGCUCCUGUCACUGGGGAGGCCCCUCCCCAUCCCAAUGGUUCUGACAAUCCUAGAGCAGCCCUGGGCUCUGGUCCCUCUACCUUCUCUUUUGCUCCUCCUUCUAAAGCCCCCCCAACCCUGAGCCCUGCAGCCUCCCCCAUGGCCCCAUCUGCUGCUUCCUUCUCCUUUGAGUCUUUGGGUUUUAAGCCCACCAUGGAAAGCACACCGAUGUCAAGUGCUGCAAACACAGGAAUGAAGUCUUCAUUCCCUCCCCCAGCCUCUUCAGUGAAGGUCAACCUUAGUGAAAACUCUCCAAGCGGACCCUCCAUGCUGCCAUUCUCUUCCUCCCCGAAGCCAGCUGCUUCCGGACCACUCAGCCACCCCACGCCUCUCUCAGCACCACCCAGCUCCAUGCCUUUGAAGUCUUCGGUUUCUUCCUCCCCAUCAGGAGGCCGAGCUGCUCAGGGCAGUCCAAGUUCAGCGCCCUCAAUGGUACAGAAAUCACCCAGGAUAACCCCUCCAGUGGCAAAGUCAGGCUCUCCUCAGGCCAAGUCACUUCAGCCACCUGUCACAGAAAAGCACAGCCAUCCGUGGAAAGAGUCAGACCCCGUGAUGGCUGGAAUCGGGGAGGAGAUUGCACACUUCCAGAAAGAGCUGGAGGAGUUGAAGGCCCGGACUUCCAAAGCCUGUUUCCAGGUGGGCACUUCAGAGGAGAUGAAGAUGCUGCGGACAGAGUCGGAUGACUUGAACACCUUCCUUUUGGAGAUUAAAGAGACCACAGAGUCUCUUCAUGGAGAUAUAAGUACCCUGAAAACAACUUUGCUGGAGGGCUUUGCUGGUGUUGAAGAGGCCAGAGAGCAGAAUGGAAGAAACCAUGAUCCUGGGUAUCUCCAUCUGCUUUACAAAAGACCGCUGGAUCCCAAGAGUGAGGCUCAGCUCCAGGAAAUCCGGCGCCUUCAUCAGUAUGUGAAAUUUGCUGUCCAAGAUGUCAAUGAUGUUCUAGACUUAGAGUGGGAUCGGCAUCUGGAGCAGAAGAAGAAGCAAAAGCGCCUGCUGGUACCAGAGCGAGAGACACUGUUCAACACACUAGCCAACAACCGGGAAAUCAUCAACCAACAGAGGAAGAGGUUGAAUCACCUGGUAGACAGUCUCCAGAAGCUCCGUCUUUAUAACCAGACGUCCUCAUGGAGCCUGCCUUCAACGUUUGUCAAUCAGAGUACUCACAGUUUUGACAGUGACCUCGAAAGCCUGCGCAAUGCUCUGCUAAAAACCACCAUUGAAUCUCACACCAACCCCUCUCCCAAAGUACCAGCUAAACUGUCCCCUGCGAAACAGGCCCAGCUGAGGAACUUCUUGGCUAAGAGGAAGACCCCACCAGUGCGAUCCACUGCUCCAGCCAGCCUGUCUCGGUCAGCCUUCCUGUCUCAGAGAUACUACGAAGACUUAGAUGAAGUCAGCUCCACAUCGUCCAUCUCCCAGUCUCUGGAGGGAGAAGAUGCCCGGCCACCAUGCAAAGAGGAGGAGACUGUUGUCCAGGUCCCUCGGCAUGCCCCUGUGGUCCGCACACCUUCCAUCCAGCCUGGUCUCCUGCCCCAAACGAUGCCUUUCGCGAAGUCCCAUCUGAUUCAUGGCUCUUCACCUGCUGUGAUGGGAACUCCCAUAGCUACAUCUACUAGCAAAACUAUCCCUCAAGGAGCUGACAGUACAAUGCUGGCAACAAAAACCGUGAAGCACGGAGCACCUGGUCCUUCCCAUACCGUCGCAGCUCCCCAGGCAGCUGCCGCUGCAGCCCUGAGACGGCAAAUGGCCAGUCAGACACCAGCUGUGAGUACUCUGACGGAAUCAACUUUGAAGAAUGUCCCUCAAGUCGUGAAUGUACAGGAGUUGAAGAGUAAUUCUGCAGCCCCGUCUGUGGCCAUGGGUUCUUCCGUGCCGUUCUCAACAGCCAAAACACCCCAUGCAGUGUUAGCCCCGGUGGCUGCCAGCCAAGCCAAGCAGGGGUCACUCAUCAAUUCCUUGAAGCUACCAGGACCCAUACCAGCGUCUUCUCACUUGUCACCCUCUGAUAAAACUUCUGGUCCAGGAACAGCCAAGACAGAAGCAACUGUGACCUCAACACCUUCUGCAGUGGGCCAGCACGGCAAGCCCUUCUCAUUUGCUCCAUCAGGGACUGGCUUUAAUUUUGGGAUAAUCACAACACCAUCUUCUAAUUUCACUGCUGCACCAGGGCCAACACCCCCCACUAAAGAGUCAAACCAGCUUGACGCAUUCUCAUUUGGCGGGGGAGGCAAACCUUUUUGUGAGACCGUUCCUGGAAACUCCCCUCCCACAGGAGCCACAUCUACAUCCAGCACCUCUGUAACCACCAUUGCCUCUCCGGGAGAUUCUGCUCCCUCCAGCAGCCGACCUGCAGUGUCUUCUGGAAUUGCUCUGUCCACUGCCUCUAGCAAAUUGGAAAGUUCAUCGUCCAAGUUGGGAGAGCUGCUGUUCCCAAGUUCUCUGACUGGAGAGACACUAGGAAGCUUCUCGGGACUUCGUGUUGGCCAAACGGAGGACUCCUCAAAGCCAGUCAGUAAGACUUCGUCCACAAGCCUAGCCAGCGCCCAGCUGCCCAAACCCUCAGGCACACCCUCAGGAUUCAACUUUUCUAGUGCCCCAGUGUUAGGGAAGCCUGUGGAACCCCCUGUGAGUGCUACCCCAGCUGCGCCAGUCACAGCUGCCAGCACAAACACGAGCAGUUCCUUCGUGGGGGUCUUUGGCAGUCUGCAAAGUCCAGGGCCUUCUGGGGUGAUCAGUUUUGGCGGGACGUCUCUGACUGGUAGCAAAGCUAGUUUCUCGUUUGGAAACCAACAAACUACUAGUACAGUGCCAGCUGCCCCCCCACCAACCUCAGUUGCCCCUUCCCUUUCAGCAUCUUUUCCCACCUUAUCAUUUGGUGGCCUCCUUAGUUCAACCUCAGCUCCUUCCCCGCCCAUAUCCUCUGGUAAGAGCACCGAGGAGGCCGCACUGUCAGCUGGGCCUGAGAAGUCAGGCCACAGUGAGGUCUCGGCAUCAGCAGCUUCACUUCCAGGACAGCCACAGUCAGCCCAGCCUUCCCAGGCUCCUUUACAAACUCCUGACCCUGUCAAGAAAGAACCCAUUCUUGUGCAGACAGCAGACAGCAGCCCCAGCACAGCCACAUCAACGGCCAAUCUUGUGGCACCUGCAGAGGCCACUCCGGUAGCCCCCAGGGACCCUGACGGCAAGACAGAGGCAGCAUCUCCUGCUUCCACCUUCUUGGGGCCAGGGCAGACUGCUGCUGCAGCUACUCUCCCCGGAGCAGGCUCGGCAGCCAUCGAAGCCUCAGGCACCCCCGCCACCUCCAGCACUGUUUCCAGCAGUGCCCCAAGCCCCACCACGGAGACAGCAGUGUUUGGGACUGCCACUUCUGGCUCCUCAGUCUUUCCGCAGCCACCCGCUGCUAGUUCUAGCUCAGCAUUCAGCCAGCUCUCCAGUAACACAGCCACUGCCCCCUCUGCCACCCCCAUAUUUGGGCAGGUGGCAGCCAGCACUACGCCAAGUCUGUUUGGGCAGCAGACCGGCAGCGUAACCAGUACAGCCACUGCCACGCCACAGGCCACCAGCUCAGGCUUUGGCAGCCCUGCGUUUGGAGCAUCAGCCUCUGGAGUCUUUGGACAGACGUUUGGGCAGGCCCCAGCCUUCGGGCAGGCGACAAGUAGCCCUGCAAGUAGCUUCUCCUUCAGUCAGCCCGGGUUCAGCUCUGUGCCUGCUUUUGGCCAGCCCGUCUCCUCCACCUCCACAUCCACCAGUGGGAAUGUCUUUGGAGCCGCCUCAAGUGCCAGCAGCCCUGGUUCCUUCUCAUUUGGACAGGCCUCUACCAACACAGGAGGGACGCUAUUUGGCCAAACCAACCCUCCUGCUUUUGGUCAAAGCCCUAGCUUUGGGCAGGGAGGUUCUGUGUUUGGUAGCACCUCAACUACCACCUCCACAGCAGCACCCUCAGGGUUUAGCUUUUCUCAAGCUUCAGGUUUUGGGUCUAGUAAUACUGGUUCUGUGUUUGGUCAAGCAGCCAGUACUGGUGGAGCAGUCUUUGGCCAGCAGUCGUCCACUUCCAGUGGUAGCAUGUUUGGGUCUGCAAACACUGGAAGAGGGAGCGGUUUCUUCAGCGGCCUUGGAGGGAAACCCAGCCAGGAUGCUGCAAACAAAAACCCAUUCAGCUCGGCUAGCGGGGGCUUUGGAUCUACAGCCACCCCAAAUACCUCUAACCUGUUUGGAAACAGCGGAGCCAAGACAUUUGGAGGAUUCGGCAGCUCAUCCUUUGGGGAGCAGAAGCCUGCUGGCACAUUCAGCUCAGGCGGUGGGAGUGUGGCAUCCCAAGGCUUUGGAUUUUCCACUCCAAAUAAAACAGGUGGCUUCGGUGCUGCUCCAGUGUUUGGCAGCCCUCCUACUUUUGGGGGAUCCCCUGGGUUUGGAGGGGUGCCAGCAUUCGGUUCAGCCCCAGCCUUUACAAGCCCUCUGGGCUCGACCGGAGGCAAAGUGUUCGGAGAGGGCACUGCGGCUGCCAGCGCAGGAGGAUUCGGGUUCGGGAGCAGCAGCAACACUGCGUCCUUCGGCACCCUUGCCAGUCAGAACGCGCCCACCUUUGGAUCCCUGUCCCAGCAGUCUUCAGGCUUUGGGACCCAGAGCACUGGAUUCUCUGGGUUCGGAUCAGGCACAGGAGCAUUCAGCUUUGGAUCAUCUAACUCGUCUGUCCAGGGCUUUGGUGGCUGGAGAAGCUGAACCGGUGUCAGUGUUCCUUUCCGCUCCUGUGACCCAUUGUAUGCGGCCCUCUCCAGCAGACGAGGUAACAGACGGUCAGGUGAACUUUCUGAGGGAAACAUCCACCCAGAAAGAAACAACGGAGACCAGAACUCGAGGGACGCCUGGCUGCUCAUUUCAUUUGUUCUGUUUCGUGUCAGGUUUUCCCUGCUAUUAAACCCUUUGGCUGUUUUGUACAGAA